UUCUGGUGGAUGUCAUCUGUGAUUCAACGGAGGAAGGCAACUUUGAAGCUCAAACGUGUAAGUGGCUGCAGAAAGAUAGGGAGCCGAAGCAAUUCUUUCAAAACCUGAGCCAAGGAUUAAAGCACCUGGAAGGAAGGAUCUUGUCUCACCAUGUCCUCCAUUUGGCAGCUGCUGCUGUUUUUCUUCCUGGCUUUUACCAGUGUGUGUGUCAACUUGGGGCAGCAAUUUCCAGAAGAAGAUGACAAUGAUGAAAAGAGUCUCCUUGAUGACCUUUCCCCAGGGGCAGAAAGUCUCAUCUUAAGGUCCAUUUUUAGGAAGAUAGAAGAUGCAGAAGAGGAUCUGGAUAAAGAGCCAGGUGCUUCUCAACUGGAUUGGAUCACCAAAAGACAGCACCCUGGAAAGAGAAUGGUAACAGAUUUGGAGAAGAGACAGCAUCCUGGCAGAAGAUCCUUCUCAGAACAAUACCUCAGCAUUCCAGCCAGCCAGCUAGCUUAUCUGAAUGAGUUAUCCAAAAGGCAACACCCAGGCAAGAGGUACCUGCCUUAUGACAAGCCACAGCACCCUGGCAAGCAAGGCUGGGAUGGUGAGAUUGAGGGCGAGCAAGCCUUAGAGAAGCGACAGCAUCCAGGCAAGAGGUAUCUGGGUUCACAGACCCCAGACAAUAAUAUUCUCUGUGACCCCCAGGAUUCCUCUGAAUGCAGCAAAGGUAGCCUGCUGCUAGAGUUGCUAGAUAAGUUAAGCAAAGGCCACAGCGAAGAGAAGCGGCAACACCCUGGAAGAAGAUCUUUGUUGGAUGGGGAAGUAGAAGCAGAGGAGUGAGGAACAUUGUGUGUGUGUGUGUGUGUCCAUGUGUCUGUGUAUUCACUGUUUACAUUCUUCUGAAUGAUUUCCCCACCUCUUUCUGCUUGCUGACCUUCUCUGCAGGUAAUUCUUCACAAGGAGUGCCACACAGAAUGGUGGGCAAUAGUCCAGAUUUAGCACUGUGUGGACCUGUGGAUUUCAUUUUAAAGACAAGACUGAGGUGUUUCCUUGAGUGGCAAAUAGUUGGGUUUGAUCCUUGUUUAAAAUGAAGUUGUUCAUAAAAAGUCAUACUGAUAUUCUUUUUUUCCCAAACACGUGUGGGCCAAGGAUAAGUAUAUGGUGAAGAUGGGGAUUGUCAGAAUAGGAGACUAAUUAAAGCUAAUCUUGCAGCUCACUGCUGGUGCACCAGCAACAGAGUCAUGCUUCCUAUUCAGGUCUGAAUAUUCUCCCAUUACAGAUAUGAAUUAAGUUAAAAGUGGAGAACUAUAAUUCAGCAAGGGAUGUGUAGAAGAUUAUGGUUAUUAUAGUUCUCCCCUUGUAACUUAAUUCAUAUCUGUAAUGGGAGAAUAUUCAGUCUAUACUCUUAAUUGUAGAAGAUUAGUGCUUACAACAAAGUUACCUUAGAGUAUAUCUGUGCAGGACUUUCUCAUGUACUUAAUAAAUUGGAAGUGGGUGAAAGAAAGGGACAGUUCAUGAUUAGAUUCUUGUCAUACAGACCAUAGGGAGUAUGAUGGUCCACUGACUGGAUACUAUGGAUAGUAUCCACUACAGUAAUCCACCGAUCUGCAAUAUGGAUGGAUUAGGGAGGGGACCAACAUGCUGCCUUUCUAGACAUUACCUAUUCGCCAUGGAGAUCAAAGUCACAUUGUCAGAUCUGUUUGGUUGUAUAGCUUCGAUCAGACUUUCCCAAUCUGCUGGUGUUGAAAUGAGCUGAACUACAGUUCUCAUCAUUCACAAUCUACACAUUUGUCCUAGCUGGGUUUUUAUAGUCCCAGAUGUUUGAACACCAUUGGGUUGGGAAAGGCUCACAGUAUCAUUCAGGACCACCAAGGUGUGAAUGUUGUUAUCUCCAGAGGGUGAACACAAUGGGUUUUUCUAGUAGCUGGAGUUGAGAACUCACUAUGGCUUUGUUAAUUCUUGAACUGAGAAUAAUCUCUGGACUCUUAAACUUGAGCGAUCACAUUGUAAGUCAAGUGAUCAUUAUUAGUCAAGCAGAAACACAAAAGGAUUUGAAGGUAAGGAGAAAGACAGUUAGCAAUGGGCAAUAGAAUGGCAGCUACUUAUAUUCUGCAUUCGGUCCUGGAAUGAGAAAUGAACAAAGUGUCUUUAAAAAAAAUCUAGUCCACAUGUAGCAGUAAUCCAUCUGUGGAGGGACAGGGGACUUAUGGCUGAUAUUGGAUACUCUCCAGCUGUCCUAGUGUAUACUAUCUGUUUCCAUAGUGGUGGAAUAUACCUCUCAAUGUAGCAAUGUGGUUUUCUUAUUUUAUAAUAAGACAACUUUCUCCACUCUGAUGCCUUCCCAGUUGGGGGAGGCUGUGAAACUACCAGACCUUAAGUUGUGAUAAUACAAAAAGCUUCUCUAUGCUAAUUGCUAAGGUGGAGCAGAUGGAAAUUCAGCCAAUAAAUAAGAUCCACGUACACUGAGAAACAUGCCUGUUUUAGCAAAUCAGGUUCUUCUAUUAUUGCAAGAAUUAGUAUGGAAAAUCUACAGCUGAGAAUUCUUGGUUCUGGCUAGAUUCGAACAAAGUGGCUUGGAAUCAAUCCUUCCCUUCAAUUCAAAAUAAUGAUUGGUAAAAUAUAAUGAUUGGUAACAGCAACAAUCAUAAUUUUAAACAAGAGUUAGUAGAUAUCUUUAUCUUACUGUGUGGAUUUUAAUUUAAAAUGUGGGAAACUCUGCUUACCAUGCUCAGAAGAAAUGUAUUCACUUUCUGUAGAUUAAAAGUGUUUACUUGCCAUAUAAAAUUACAGUACCCUGUCCCAAUUCAGCUAUCAUUUUUGAUUGUACAGAAUUAAGGUAAAUAAACAAUAUACCAAAUUAGAAUUGACUCCUAGAUUGAAAAAGGGGGUGGGGAACUAACUCAAUAUAUCAAGGGGACAAACUUGAUAUUUUAAAACAAAAUUAAUAUGAGGUGAUUACAUAUUUGUAUAUAAUAUUAAUUAAAUAUUCAUAUAGAAGGCUGUUUUAUGCAGAAACAACUUAAUUUUUUUUAAAA